AUUCAUGUGAAUUUUUUCUGAAACAAUUACGCAUAAAACAUAUCACCUUUGUUGACACUUAGUCGUGUCAUGGUCAUGAUAUACAUCAGAAACUUAACGUCAUUCAUUCAACCGCCAACAAAGCUAUUACAUUCAUCACGUAGAUCCUUGACUGAUGAAAACCGCAUAUUCACGAACCUCUAUGGAAGGUGCGAUUGGAGACUCAAAGGAGCCCUCAAGAGGGGUGACUGGUACAAAACGAAAUACAUCAUAGAGAAAGGAAGAGACUGGGUUUUGAAAGAAAUGAAGAUAUCUGAGCUACGAGGCAGAGGAGGAGCUGGUUUCCCCGUGUGGCUGAAGUGGUCCUUCAUGAACAAACCGGAAGAUGGAAGGCCCAGGUUUUUGGUGGUGAACGCUGACGAGGGAGAACCAGGCACCUGUAAGGACCGCGAGAUACUGCGGCAUGAGCCCCACAAACUUCUCGAAGGCUGCGUCAUAGCCGGAUUGACAAUAAAGGCUAAGGCAGCCUAUAUUUACAUAAGGGGAGAAUUCUACAACGAAGCUUGUAAUUUGCAGUUUGCUUUGUCGGAGGCUUACCAAGCUGGAUUCAUCGGGAGGAAUGCUUGUAAUACUGGUCAUGAUUUCGAUGUAUUUGUUCAUCGGGGGGCUGGGGCUUACAUUUGCGGGGAAGAAAGUGCUCUUAUCGAAUCUUUGGAAGGAAAGCAAGGAAAACCCAGAUUGAAACCACCCUUUCCAGCAGACAUCGGCGUCUUCGGCUGCCCAACCAUCGUUAACAACGUGGAGUCUAUAGCGGUAUCUCCUACCAUCCUGCGCAGAGGAGGUAAAUGGUUCUCGAACUUCGGACGUCCCAAAAACACGGGAACCAAGCUGUUCAACAUAUCCGGCCAAGUGGCUAAACCGUGCACCGUUGAGGAAAAAAUGGGCAUAGGCCUUAGGGAAAUAAUCGAAAAACACGCUGGUGGUGUGAAGGGUGGAUGGGGCAACCUCCUGGGCGUUAUACCGGGAGGUUCUUCAACGGCAAUCGUAAAACCGGACAGUUGCGAGAAACUAAAGUUGGAUUACGACGGUUGCUUGGAGUUUGGAUCUUCGUUCGGCACUGGAGGCGUGAUAGUGAUAGGAAGAGAUGCGGAUGUCAUCAAGGUCAUAGCGAAUUUGAGCCAUUUUUACAAGCACGAGUCGUGCGGGCAAUGCACACCCUGUAGAGAGGGCACCAAUUGGAUGAUGAAGAUUAUGAAUAGGUUCGUUACUGGGCAAGCGAUUCCCGAUGAGAUUGAUCUUUUGGAUGAGCUAUCGCGACAGAUAGAGGGUCACACUAUAUGUGCCUUAGGGGAUGCUGCUGCGUGGCCUGUUCAAGCAUUAAUUAAGAAUUUCCGAUCGGAUAUAGAGGAGAGAAUGAAGGAGUUUCAGUUAAGAGCCCGUAGUUAGAAAUACAUAUGAUUUAUAUACAUUUCAUUUGUUUAUCAAUAUAUUAAGUCCUUUCGUUUGCAUAAAAAUUGUAGCACUUUUCUACACUCGAUUUGAUUUACACCAGUGUAGAGGAAGUGUAGU